AGGUCAAAGUCUCUCACGCAAUGUAUCGAUCCCUCUUACAGGCGGCCACUUACCACUGUGUUCCUCCUAUUGGUGCAAACGUCAAUGAUUGAUCGAAUGGUCGAAUGGUUAACGUGGUGGCACUUGAAGUUUACGCACUUAGGUUCGACCGCGCGUGAGUUUGCCCUGCAGAUACUGAUUAGUCAAAGGCUCCGCGAAGAGCUUCCUAUGAGCUACGAUGAGAAGAACAUCAUGGUUUUGCACCGCCUGAAAACCCCACGAGAAGCAGCUAUCUGGUCUAUCUGUUUGUAUGUGUCUCGCUCUAUGAGUAAUGACGAGAGAUCAAUAGUAAUCAAUGCUUUCGACGCUGUAGUGGCGAGAUUUGGUUUACGAUCACCAGAAUGUAAAAGAAAAAAUACACUAACGCCUAGUGGCUAAACACCCAAAAGGGGUCAGUGAUCGAAGUCAAAAUCAUGG